AUAAAACAAAAUUCUUCUAGUGCACAACAAACCAGUGCCCUGCAUUUUAUACACGAAAUAGUGCGUCGUUGUAUCUUUGCUGUUGUUGCUACUGUUGGUGCUGCUGCAGUUCGAUGCGUGUGCAUAUGUGCUGUACAAGUUACUUAUAAUAUUGCCUGUCUGCUGCAAUUUGGCUUCCACAUCCCCCGCGCGCGUUAAUGUGUGUUUGUUUCUCUGCAGCAGCUUUAUAAAAAAAACCUUCAGAAAUUAAAUCAACACGCGACGCAGAGCUGCCUUCGCCAGCGCAGCAGCAACGCCGUCGCCAACGCCGUGUGAAUAAGCGUGAUAUCAGUCCCGCAGCAGCAGCAGCAGCAGAAUCAACGACAAAUAGUUAUUGUUGCUUGUUGUUGCCAGCGGAGCGCCGUCGCCCGCGACCGUGCAAAGGCUUCGGCCAAGGACACGAUUUGGAGCAACAGCAUGCAACAGUCCAAGGCGGCAUUGUGUUCAGUGAUUAACAACAACAAUAAUAAUAACACAAACAACACCAACAGCAGCACCAUGUUACAAAAACAAAGUUGAUCUAGAAACUGAUCAAGGCGUCCACACCACGUCAUUAGUGUCGAUAGGGAUACACACACUUCUUCAAACCCUGAGCCAAAGGAAAGCGCGACCGGCCAGCGCACGCCUUCAAUGAACACGAGCCAAACGGCGCCGGCCUCAUCGGCCGGUAAUCGCAUAACGUUUACCAGCCAGCAACUGCCGAACGGCACCAUCAAUAUGGUCGGCAAUCCAGGGACGGGAGGCGGUCCCACAAUUAUCUCAACGGCCCAGCUGCCAAAUACAACGACCAUUAAAACGAUCCAAGCGGGUAUUGGCGGACAUCCGGGUCUCCAGCAGGUGCAUAGUCAACUGCAACAACAACAGCAGCAGCAGCAAACGCAAUCAGUAGGUGCCACCCAAACACAAACCUUAGUUAUAAAAUCCAAUCACCAUGCUGUCACCCUGCCGGCGGGUCUAGUCUCAAGUGCACCAGCAGGAAUCGUAACAAUGACCAAGACCAUCAAUCAGGGUGGCCAACCGUUGCUGAGCUCUAUGCUGCCGGCUGGUGUCGUCGUCGGGAUGCGUCCGCAGGGUCCCGGUCAGCAACAGCAGCCAAAGAAUGUGCCCGCCAACCAACUCGGCCGUGUAGUCAUCAGCAAUUCCCACAUGGGCGGUGUGAGGCCGCAAAGUCCAUCGAUCACCCUAAGCACCUUAAAUCCUGGACAGACGCCUGCACUGUUACUGAAAACCGAUAAUGGAUUUCAAUUGUUGCGCGUGGGCACUGCCACGACGACGGGGCCGCCAACUGUAACACAAACCAUAUCCAACACCAGCAACAACACAACAACAACCACAAACCAUCCCACAACAACACAGAUACGACUACAAACUGUGCCGGCCGCUGCUGUAAGUAGAUAUCAUGGGCAAGCGCCACAAGCAUCACAACAACAACAGCAACAACAACAGCAACAGGCACAACAAGCAUCUGCACAAGCAACAACAACAACAGCAACCACCACUAGCAUUGCACUUCGUAAAACGAUUGUCAGAACUUCAUCCACAAUCCCAUCCAAUAAUAAUAAUAAUGUCACCACAAAUCUCACCGCUACCAACACCACAACCACUACCAACAACAACAAUAACAGCAACAUCAAGACCACUUCUACUGCUACUACUAACCUGCAACAACAACAACAGCAGCAACAACAACAAAAGCUACAGCAACAACUAAAGCAGCAGCAACAGGCCAAGCAACAACAGCAGGCAGUGGUCAGCGCUGCAGCCGCGGCAGCCGCUGCCGCAAAUGUCGCAGCCACUAUAAAGAUCAAGCAAAACUCUAUGACGAACACUACGGCGACCAACAACAUCAUUGUUAACUCGGUGGCGUCCAGCAAUGCGCAUGGCUACACAACAUCGGCCUCCCAGCCACCCCAUCUGGCGCAGCUGAACACGCAGGCGCCCCAUCUGCCGCAGAUCACGCAGAUCCAAACGUUACAGGGUCCACCGCACACACAGGCCACCAGCUUGAACAGCGGCACUGCGACGGUGGCUAGCGCCGCGAGCAGCACCAGCAGCAGCACCACCACCACUACAACAACAACAACGGCAGCGCAGGGUAAUACCAAAGAGAAGUGUCGCAAGUUUUUAGCCAAUUUAAUCGAAUUGUCGACACGCGAGCCCAAGCCGGUGGAGAAGAAUGUCCGGACACUCAUCCAGGAGCUGGUCAAUGCGAAUGUCGAGCCCGAAGAGUUCUGUGAUCGUUUGGAACGUCUGCUCAACGCCAGUCCACAGCCUUGCCUCAUUGGGUUUCUGAAGAAAAGUCUGCCGCUGCUCCGACAGGCCCUCUACACAAAAGAACUGGUCAUCGAGGGCAUCAAGCCGCCACCCCAGCACGUGAUCGGUCUAGCUGGACUUCAGCAACAGCUGCCGAAAAUCCAAGCGCAAAUCCGUCCCAUUGGCCCACAGACGACGACAAUUGGACAGACGCAGGUGCGCAUGAUUACACCGAAUGCGCUGUCAACGCCGCGUCCGACCAUUGGACACGCGACGAUAUCAAAGCAACCGCCGGGGAUACGUUUGCCAACGACGCCACGACUCGUCAAUACUAUACAAAGACAGUUGCCCCUACAGGUGCCCUCACAAGCGAACAUUGUACAAAUACGCACGCCACAGAAUGCGCAAAUGCAGCGGACGGGCGCUGUACAAAUACGCGCCACGCCCCGACCACAACUCACGCCCACGAACAAAGUCACUGCCGUCAAGGUGGGCCAGACGCAGAUAAAGGCAAUAGCGCCGAGUCAGCACCCACCCUCGCUAGCCGCCAUAUCGGUCAGUGGACCACCGCCAACGCCCACACUGUCCGUGCUCUCCACCAUCAAUUCAGCGUCGGCCACUUUGCCGGUGCCGUCGCUGCCGACGGUGCAUUUACCGCCAGAGGCGUUACGGCAACGGGAGCAGCUGCACAAUUCGCUGCACCACAACAACAACAAUCACCACGACAUACACAAGUUCGAGCCGAAGCUGGUGGAGAUCAGACAGCCUGUGUCGCAUAUAGAGCGAAUUAAUGCUUCCCUCACGCCGAUAUCGGCGAGCAAAGCGCCGGCCAAGCCGUCGCCAGCUUUGAGCAAGGCGGCAAGUAAAAAGAAGAAGGACGCGCAAGAUCGAGAUGGCAAGGAUGAGAAAUCGCUCGGUGGGAGUGCCGCGUCAGCGGGCUCAGCAGCCGGCAAUUCCUUUUUUCAACAGAGCUCCAUGUCCACAUCCAUGUAUGGCGAUGACGACAUCAACGAUGUGGCCGCCAUGGGUGGCGUCAACUUGGCUGAGGAGUCGCAGCGCAUUCUGGGCUGCACGGAGCAUAUUGGCACGCAAAUACGAUCCUGCAAAGACGAGGUGUUCCUCAAUCUGCCCGCGCUGCAGGCGCGUAUACGCGCCAUCACAACAGAGCGCGGCCUCGAGGAGCCCUCGCAGGACGUGGCGGUGCUCAUAUCACAUGCGUGCCAGGAGCGACUUAAAAACAUUGUCGAAAAGUUGGCUGUGAUAGCAGAGCAUCGCAUCGAUGUCAUUAAGCUGGAUUCGCGCUAUGAGCCUGCGAAAGACGUACGUGGUCAAAUCAAAUUCCUCGAGGAGCUGGAUAAGGCGGAGCAGAAGAGACACGAGGAACUGGAGCGUGAAAUGCUGUUGCGUGCGGCCAAAUCUAGGUCACGCAUCGAAGAUCCCGAGCAGGCGAAAAUGAAGGCCAGGGCCAAGGAAAUGCAACGCGCUGAAAUGGAGGAGCUGCGUCAGCGCGAUGCCAAUCUGACGGCUCUGCAGGCCAUUGGACCACGUAAGAAACUCAAAUUGGACAGCGAUGCGAUUAGUGCGGGAGUGGGCUCCAGUGGCAGCACUUUACUGAACAACGCCAGCACAGCGUCGACAACGUUACGACCGCGCAUCAAGCGCGUCAACCUGCGCGACAUGCUCUUCUAUAUGGAGCAGGAGCGGGAGUUUUGUCGCAGCGAGCUUUUGUUCAAAAGCUACCUCAAGUGAUUGCUGCUGGCGCUGUUUUACAUUGUGUGGUGCAUUGCAAUGCUUUGCGAGCUUCUUACUGUCGUAACGCAUCGUAACUCCUGUCAUAUAAUAUGCAAUAUUUUGUUUUCUUCAGUUUUCUUUUAAUUGCGUCUUUGUUGUUUUCUUUCUAUUAGGUUCCUUCUUCUCUUAAAUAUUAUUAAGCUCAAAAUUUUACGCUCUACACAUAAUUAAUUUAAACAUUCUUUCAAUAAUUUACCUUUUAAUAAAUUGUGUGCAAAACUUAGACCAAACCAAUCCAAAAACAAUAACAACAACAAAAAGAAGAAGUAUAUAUGAAUGGACAAACACUAAAAACAAAUUAUAAUAACACUAGCAAAGCUCAACGCAGAGUCAGCCAGUGUUUGAAUUUUUUCAACUUUAACAUUGUUUGCAUAACAAAUUUUGUAGCGUGCUGCGCUCGUUGGGCGCAGCUCGCAUUGACGGCCUUAUCUAAACGAUAUAAACAUAUAAAAACAAAAGUAAAGUGUUACAUAAAUUAGUAGUCUAGUUCGUUAAACUAAACGCAAAAGAAUUUUAGCAUAAGUUAGCAGCGCGAAGGAUAAAAACAUAUAAAGGAGAAUUUAAAAUGAUUUGCAGUCAGCUCUAAAAAAAGAAAAAAACAAAUAACAAGGAGAAAGAAAUGGUUUGAAAAACCCCCCAAUGAAUAUAAUAUCCGUAUUGCCGCAAUGAAUGUAAUUGUGUAGCUCGAUAAAAAAAAUUUAUUUAAUUUUAGUUUAGCAACGUAAGCAAGAUUUGUAAAAAGCGUAGCGUAAGUUUUUCUAUAAACAAUACCUAGAUAAUCGCCGCAUAUUUAACAAAUUUAUAGAAAGCUGACCAGAAUGAAAUGUCGUCAUUGUACUAAACGCUAAAACAAAACCUAGUUUUUACAAUUUAAAUUAUAUUUGAUCAGUCGUGCGUUAUAUAUACAUAUAUCUUAGACGAUGACGUAGUCUUAAGUGUAAAUGUUUCGCAGCGGUUUAAAGUUUAAGCCUAUUUGGCAAUUAGUUUGUAGAGAGCAGCAGCUUUGCAGCCCGUAAUUAAACAGAUAAUAAAUAAAUCAAGCAAACAAGAAAAACAUUUCAAUAACAACAAAUAAAAUAGACAAAUUUUAUACAAUUAGAAGACAAAAGUGAGAAGCCAUUUACAAAUAGAAUCCAUCAUCAAAUCGGAUAGAAAUAGACAAGAAGAGCCCACGUUCAAUAAAUAAAUAAAGAAAAAAUUGUGUAUAAAUCUAAAAAAAAAUAAAAUAAAGUAAAUGGCAUACCAGCGUAUAGUUUAGUAGUUAUAUAUAUAGUAUAUAACUAAUGAGCGUAUGUAUAAUACAAAAAUUCAUAUUAUGUUUUACAUUUAAAUCUAAACAACAGCAAACACUCUUGUAUGUACAAUUUAAGUUUAACAAAUAAAACGACAAAAAAUACAAAACUAAUGGACAACCACAUAUUAUUGAUUGAUUCAAGCGGGGCAGAAACUAUAGAUCAACAGCCUUUUGUAUAUUAUUAUUUGUCCGUUAAUAAACGCAAUCAAAC